AGUAGUUAAUUUGCUCCAGUGAAAGAGGACUGUAGUGAAAGAAUCAGUGUACUGCAGUGAACCGUUAAUCCAGUGAAGGGGUUAGUGUACUGCAGUGAGCGGGUGAAUCCAGCGAAGGGGUUAGUGUACUGCAGUGAAGGGUGAAUCCAGUGCGGUCAUGCUGCUGUUUGUGUGUUUUGCCUGGCUGCUGUGUUCUCAGCACUCGUCUGCUCGACCAAUGAGUAAGGUGCUGCGCAACGCUGACACGUAUCAGGCGGCCCACGACAUAUCGAAAAAGGCCCAGAACCCGGAAACUCGGGAUGAAACCAGCCUCAGGCUGAUAAGCAGGGUUUCACCAAAUCAAACCCUGGAUCAGAACGCUGAGAUCUGCUGUCUCCAUGCCAACAUCCUGGACUUCUACCUGCUCAACGUCCUGCAGAGCAGCGACAGCUUCCACCCCGCUAUGCCCCGCCUCAAGACCGACCUCCGCCGCAUCAGCCAGGACCUCAGUCACAACGGCUGUAACGUGACUCACUACCAAGACCACCAAAAUGCCGUGGAGUUCAGAGAGAAACUGAUCACGAUGCAGGGACAGCGCGGCAUCACCAAGGCCAUCGGAGAGAUCGACAUUCUGUUCUCUUACCUUCAAGAUUUCUGUGUCCAGAACUAGAGCACAUAGAUAGAUCUACUGUGUCCAGAACUAGAACACAUCGAACCACGAAGUUUGUGAAACUACAAGCUUAAGUGUCAUUAUUUAUUCAUUGGAACAGUUGAACUACUCAUACAUUCAUAUUGACAGGAUAUUGGUAUUUAUUUGUUAUUUAUUGAUUAAAUGUGUGAUUUUUUAAACUACUAAAACUGAUACACUGAAUUUUUUACCAAGAAUGUUGCCAUGGUGAUUAAAACCAAUGCUGUGUUUUUAUCGCCAAAUAAAUUAUUUUUCAUAACUA